AUGGGUUGCCUAUCUAUUUCUCGUGAGCUUACCCUCGUAUCUAUUUCUUUGAUGGGUUGCCCAUCUAUUUCUCGUGACCUUACCCUUUUCAUCAUGUGUUGCCUAUCUAUUUCUGUGACCUUACCCUUUUCAUCAUGGGUUGCCUAUCUAUUUCUCGCUAACCUUAUCCUUUUCAUCAUGGGUUGCCUAUCUAUUUCUCGUGACCUUACUCUUUUCAUCAUGUAUUGCCUAUCUAUUUCUCGUGACCUUACCCUUUUCAUCAUGGGUUGCCUAUCUAUUUCUCGUGACCUUACCCUUUUCAUCAUGGGUUGCCUAUCUAUUUCUUGUGACCUUACCCUUUUCAUCAUGGGUUGCCUAUCUAUUUCUCGUGACCUUACCCUUUUCAUCAUGUGUUGCCUAUCUUUUCUUCCUUACCCUUUUCAUCAUGGGUUGCCUAUCUAUUUCUCGUAUUAUCCUUUUCAUCAUGGGUUGCCUAUCUAUUUCUCCUUACCCUUUUCAUCAUGUUUUGCCUAUCUAUUUCUCGUGACCUUAACCUUUUCAUCAUGGGUUGCCUAUCUAUUUCUCGUAACCUUAUCCUUUUUCAUCAUGGGUUGCCUAUCUAUUUCUAUUUUUUCAUCGUGGGUUGCCCAUCCUUACCCUUUUCAUCAUGGGUUGCCCAUUCUAUUUCUCGUGACCUUACCAUCCUUUUCAUCUGGGUUGCUAUCUAUUUCUCGUGACCUUAUCCUUUUCAUCAUGGGUUGCCUAUCUAUUUCUCGUGACCUUACCCUUUUCAUCAUGUGUUGCCUAUCUAUUUCUCGUGACCUUAUUUUCAUCAUCGGUUGCCUAUCUGACCUUACCCUUUUCAUCAUGGGUUUGCCUAUCUAUUUCUCGUGA